GUUGGAACUGCUAACGAAGCGAGAGAUUUGUUGGAGUUGACAUCUGCCUCCUGCUUCUUUGCGAUGGUACAGUUCGGGCGCCAUUUGUGGCUCGCUUUACAAGAGCCAACAAAGUGAGGUACAAAAUAAGUAUUUCGAUAGCAUCAAUUGUCAAACUAAAAGACAAAAGAUCAACUCCGAUUUGCACAUCAAAAAGAGAAAGACACCAGCUGUUGUUUUCAUCUCACUUUCAUUCCAAUUGAUUAUCCUCCUCCUAGCCAGUACUAUACCAGAUCCAUCCACACUGAAACAAUCUGCUCCCUUAUCACAUAUAUACAUUCUAAUAAAAGAAAAGAAUUAUAAUAAGAUGAGUACCUACCAAAGACGAUCCAACCUAUUCAGCUUGUUGGUAGCUGUGGCGACACUGACUAUGGCGACUGGCUUUGUCGCCCCGAAUCGACCCAUGGCAUUUGCCAAUCUGCAACCAAAACAACGACAGCAGCCCUACAUGACGGCGGAUGUGGCUGCAUCUGGAGGUGCGGCCAUUCCAGAACCUUCCCUGACAACGUUUCGAGAAGCCGAAGUCCUGGGACUACGACUCAUGCAAGAAGGAAACUACGAAGAAGCACUCAAAGUCUUCCAAAAAGGAAUGAAGCUUCCAGGAUCCAACAAGGAUGUUGUGCGAACAAAGUCCGUGUCAGGUCCCAGUCCAGUGGGCGGUUCCAUGGGUGGCUUUGAAAGCCAAAACGUCUAUCCCCUGGAUGAAUUCGAAUUGCAAGCAGCACAUUAUAACAUUGCCUGUGUACACGCACAACUUGGAAAUCUAGAUGAGUCCAUUGCCAACCUACAAAUGGCCUUUGAGAACGGAUUCAACAACUUCUCCACCGUACGAGGAGAUCCCGAUCUGGAUCCCAUCAAGGACCAACCCGACUACAGAAAGUUGAUGGAUGCGUAUGACUCCAAAGGAUUCAACCCGUUUGGAUUCCUUGGAAAAUAAAAUGACAGACAUGGUGAGAGGCUACUAAGCUAGUACGGUACAAGCAAAGCAAAUGGAGCGUUGGCGAACAAUCGCAACCAUAGAGAAUCCAAAAUCGAGAAUUAUAGUAGUUGUAUUUACCGCUAGCUAGGUUAGCUACCUGACUGCAUGGAUUUUGGUACGGUAUAUAGGAAUUGGAUGGUGGUGUUACAGUGGCUGUUUCGGAUGGAUGACAUACUACAUCCUGGAAGAAAUGGCUACGACUUCUAGAAACUCUUGGUUGUUCUUUUCUAUUGGGAUCUGCCUAAAUCCAAGCAAGAUAGAACGUCGUGUUGAGAUAUCAAUUAUGAACUA